AUGACUAGAAGAAACCAAACUGUCAUCUCCCAAUUCUUCCUUCUGGGACUGCCCAUCUCCCCAGAGGAUCAGCACCUGUUCUAUGCCCUGUUCCUGGCCAUGUACCUCACCACCAUAAUGGGGAACCUCAUCAUCAUCCUACUCAUCCAACUGGACUCCCGUCUCCACACACCCAUGUACUUGUUUCUCAGCAAUCUCUCCUUUGCUGAUUUCUGCUUUUCAUCUGUCACGAUGCCCAAGUUGCUGCAAAACAUGCAGAGCCAAGACUCAUCCAUCUCCUAUGCAGGCUGUCUGACACAGCUAUACUUCUUUCUGUUUUUUGGAGACCUUGGGAACUUCCUUCUUGUAGCCAUGGCCUAUGACCGCUAUGUGGCCAUCUGUUCCCCCCUUCAUUACACCAGCAUCAUGAGUCCUAAGCUCUGUGUGGGUCUGGUAGUGUUCUCCUGGGUGCUGACCACAUUCCAUGCCAUGCUGCACACCCUGCUUAUGGCCAGAUUAUCCUUCUGUGAGGACAGGGUGAUCCCCCACUAUUUCUGUGAUAUGUCUACCCUGCUGAAACUGGCUUGUUCUGACACUCAUGAUAAUGAAUUGGCAAUAGUUAUCUUGGGAGGCCCUAUAGUUGUACUCCCUUUUCUUCUCAUCAUUGUUUCCUAUGCAAGAAUCGUUUCCUCCAUCUUCAAGGUCCCUUCUUCACAAGGUAUCAGUAAAGCUUUCUCUACCUGUGGCUCCCAUCUGUCUGUAGUGUCAUUAUUUUAUGGGACAGUCAUUGGUCUCUACUUAUGUCCUUCUGCUGAUAACUCUCCUGCAAAGGAGACUGUAAUGUCUUUGAUGUACACAAUGGUAACUCCCAUGCUGAACCCAUUCAUCUAUAGCCUCAGAAACAGAGACAUGAAGGGAGCAUUAGAAAGAGUAGUUUUUAAAAAGCAAAUUUCCUCCUUCCUAUGA